ACCCACCUAACGUUCCGAAAGCCAACUACCGAUCCUUUGGUCUUCGUUUUCUUCUUCUUUUUCUAUCCCCCAAAUCCCAAAUCCUCACGACCCAGAAUUCCUUACCUACUGUUUUUCGUAUAAACAUCAUUUGUUUUGACAGGUUGCAGAAUCUAAACCAUGGAAGCCGUUCACUUCAAGUUUCUCGCGCCCCUCCUCCUUGCGCUUUGUCUGGUUGUGCCUUUGGCCCUCGCAACCGACGUCAAAUACUGCGAUAAGAAUGCUGACUAUGACGUUAAGGUCAGCAAGGUUGAGAUAAUCCCGGAUCCUGUAGUGAGAGGCAAGCCGGCUACCUUCAGCAUCUCUGCCUGUUCAGGGAAAGAUGAAGAUAUCUCUGGAGGAAAAAUGGUGAUUGAGGUUUCAUAUUUUGGAUGGCACAUCCACAGUGAGACUCAUGACCUUUGCGGAGAGACAUCUUGCCCUAUUUCGACUGGAGAUUUUGUGGUUUCUCACUCACAAGAUUUACCUGGAUUCACUCCACCGGGCUCAUACUCUCUUAAAAUGAAGAUGUUUGAUGCAGCCAAAAAGGAGUUGACAUGCAUUGGUUUCGAUUUUGACAUCGGCUUUGCAUCGUCUUUGGCCGAUAGCUAAGUGCUUCCAAGAAUGAUUGUCCAAGUCUCCAUAAUCACCAUAUGAGUAGCAUGUAAAAAGAAUUUAUGCUUUCAAACUUCACUUUGCUAUUACGAUCCGAUGUAUAAUUGUGACCAUCUCUACUACUUGGCAGACUAUUGGGAAGUUACCCCAGAGUGUAUGAUAAACUGUUCUGGCAUGCA